AUGUUUCCCACGGCUAGGUGUCUGUCCGCCAAACCCGCAGGAUUCAUCAAGCGCAGCGCGGAGGAGCUGAGCCGUCUAUCGAGGAUCGCCUGGAACUCCGAAGGUCUCCAUACUCCUACGAAGCCCUACACUCUCCUCGACUUUGAAGAUGAAUCCACCGUCGCUGGGUGCAAAACCAUGGCCGACCGUGCCGUUGGUGGAUUCAGCACUGCCAAUCUUGACUAUGUCCCUGCAGACCCUUCGACGAACACACCUGCCCAUGCGAGGUUCCACGGGAGCAUUUCAACGAAGCUACCUAACAAUUGGCGAGUGGAGAGGACGGGAUAUGCCGCUUUUCGCAAUAAGGACCGAGGUUUCUGGCUCUUCGGCAGACUAUACUGGGAUGUCGACCCAUACUCGUACCUUGCCCUUAGAGUGAAGUCCGACGGUCGGCGAUACACCGUCAAUAUCCAGACAGACUCGAUCGUCGAGACGGAUAUCCACCAGCAUAGAUUAUAUACUCGUCAUCACCGUGUGCGAAACCAGACCUCUCGUGAUGAUCUUCCCUCAUACCCGCCGCAAGCAGUCGAGUCACCAGAGCUCGCAGAAACUCUCUUCCCGCGCGGAAUUCCUUCUUCGCUCUCCGACGUCCCCCCCGAAUCGACGAUCAUGUACUCUUCUGCAACAACAUCCGGUGGCACGGGCUGGGAGACCAUCCUCCUGCCAUUCCACUCCUUUGUUCGUACGAACCACGGCCUUGUGGUCGAGCCGCAAACAUCUCUUCUCCGACAGCGAGUGAAGAGUGUCGGUAUCGGUCUUACGGAUCGAGUCGAUGGUCCUUACGACUUGCGAAUCCAUCGUAUCUGGGCUACCAACGGGAUCAGCGAAGAAGAGUUCGAGGAUGAGAAGCGGAUCUGCGGUGCAGAUGCGCUGCCUAUUGAUGAGGGAGUCAGAACUGGCUGGAGGGGUGACUCUCCUUCCGAUCAUCCCGAGGACAAGGGUAGUCAACCGGGAGGAGGAGGGAAGACGAAGGGUUUGAAAGGGUUGCGCUCGGAGUGGGAACAAUGA